GCUGGCGGGGGUGGCUGGGACCGUUAGCUCGCCAGGCUGGCAGGCUCCCGGCCGCUACUCCACUGGCGGCAGGGAUGGAGACUAUGCGAGCUCAGCGGUUGCAGCCUGGAGUGGGCACCAGCGGGAGGGGCACGCUGAGAGCACUGCGGCCUGGAGUGACUGGGGCCGCGGCUGCCCCCGCCACACCCCCCGUGGGCCCCCCGCCGGCCCCGCCGCCCCCCGCACCGCCCCCGCCGCCCCUGCUCCUGUCCGGGGCCUCCGGGCUGCCUCUGCCUCCCGGCGCCCCAGGCAGCCCGGCAGUCCUGCGGGAGGCAGUGGAGGCCGUGGUGAGGAGCUUCGCCAAGCACACGCAGGGCUAUGGCCGAGUGAACGUGGUGGAGGCACUACAGGAAUUCUGGCAGAUGAAGCAGUCCCGUGGGGCUGACUUGAAGAAUGGAGCUCUCGUGGUCUAUGAGAUGGUUCCCUCCAACAGCCCUCCCUAUGUCUGCUAUGUCACCCUGCCUGGGGGAAGUUGCUUUGGGAGUUUCCAGUUUUGCCCCACAAAAGCUGAGGCCCGGCGGAGUGCUGCAAAGAUUGCACUAAUGAACUCCGUUUUUAAUGAACACCCUUCCCGAAGAAUCACUGAUGAGUUCAUUGAGAAGAGUGUCUCUGAGGCCCUGGCAUCUUUCAAUGGCAACAGAGAGGAAGCUGACAACCCAAAUACAGGGAUUGGUGCCUUCCGAUUCAUGUUGGAAUCCAACAAGGGCAAGUCAAUGUUAGAGUUCCAGGAGUUAAUGACAGUUUUUCAACUGCUGCACUGGAAUGGCAGCCUUAAGGCCAUGAGGGAAAGACAGUGUUCUCGGCAGGAAGUAUUGGCUCAUUAUUCACACCGGGCCCUGGAUGAUGAUAUUCGCCACCAAAUGGCAUUGGACUGGGUGAGCCGGGAGCAGAGUGUGCCAGGGGCACUGUCUAGAGAGCUGGCCUCUACUGAGCGAGAGCUGGAUGAAGCCCGGCUGGCAGGCAAGGAGCUGCGCUUCCACAAGGAGAAGAAAGAUAUUCUCAUGUUGGCUGCUGGGCAGUUGGGCAACAUGCAUUCUUCCAACUGCUAGGCAUCCACCCACAUACUCUCCGUCCUCUCCAGGCUCUUUUUUAUAUGUCCUUUCUAAGACUUAGUGUGAUUUCUGUACAUACUUUCUCAAUUUUAUACUUUAAAAUAUAGAGAUAUAUAUAUGUGUAUAAAUUCUACACCUGGAUUCUACACCUGGAUUCCUAUUUGCUAAGAGAUCCCCUUUCUUACUUCUAGUUUUUGGAUGUAGUUUCAUUUGAAACAUCUCCACACCACUUUACAAGAAGAGCAGGCUGUCUUUGGAGCUUUGUUGUCUCUUACACUCCUAGUAACUAUGUAGUCAUUUCAGUAGCAUGAGACGAUGGACUAAGUGUUCAUGUCUCCUCCUUUUAAAAUUCCAGGGAGCUUGAAUAAGGGCUAUGUGCACCCCACCCCAUUCCUGCUUUUCUUAGACUCAAACAGGUUAUGAUGAGUCCGAAGCCUUUUGCUUUGAUUUAUCUUGAGUUGGGCCUACUUGGUACAGAAUUGUUCCUCCAGUAACGGUAUUUCCUAACUUACACCACCCCUCCCCACCACUACCUUACUCCCCUCUCUUGACUCCUAUCGGUCCUUCAUUUUGAGGCUUCUUUACUUUAUUAUUUGGAAGGAAGUGGAGAUACGGUUUCUUGUUUUUAAAGUAUUCCUGAGAAAGUGCCCAGGAACAAGAGGAAGUAUAAACACAAUCUGUAGGGGAUUAUCACCUAAAUUGCAUCUGGGGCAGAGAUACCAUACCGGUAGUCCAGAUGCCUGGACGUACUCUACACUACAGAAGGGGUCAGGGUUGAAGUUGCUUGUUUUCAGUAUUUCACUUUUCCCUCCUCUUCCUCCCCUGCUCACACAGCUUAGUUAAGCCCUGUAUUUAGACCUUCCUGCCUGCAGAGAUUGAUAAAAGGUAAAACCUAUUUCCCUCUUCUCUCUCCUCCCAUUAUUUUGUUCUUUGGAAAAAUGACCUAUCCUAUUUGGAGAGGACCAUGUUCCUCUCUCUGCCAUGAAGUUGCUGCUGUCUACUACCUUAGAUUCACAUUUGUUUUCUCUCCUCUUCUUCCACACUAUUAAAGCAUGAGUAGAUCAGGAAAAUCAGAGAAGACUUUGGCAUUAUGGCACUUCCUAAUUGGAACCUUGGGAGACUGCAGGAAGGGAAAGAGAAUCAAUAAUCAGCUAUCAGGGAUUGCUUUUUAAUACCGUUCUCUCCGCCCACCUCUCUCCUGGGUGGAAUAGGAGAGAUGGGAUCUGGAGAACAGCUAAAGCAUUCACCUUUGGGAGUAUUUUUUGUAGGUCUUCUAAGGUAUAAUUCCCCCUUGUUUCUGUAGUCUCCUUUAUACUAUAGUUCAGCUCAAUGCACUUUCUAAACUGAACUUGGGAAGUAUAAUGUGCUUACAAUUAGACUUCCCAUUUAACAGUUAUACACUUUGCUUUCAGAAAUAGGUUAGGAAACAGGCCACAGUUUGUUCUUUUGGAUCAGACAGGGACAAGAUGGAAGUCAGCUUUCUUGCGUUUGAAAUCAUCUUGGUGACCAGUACAUAUGGGAUCAGAGGUAAGGACUCUAGCAACAAUUGUUACUAGUUCUUGAAAGGGACUUCCUUGAAUUCUCCACACCCCUUCUCUCUGUUCCAUGAAGCACAUGUAGGGUUGGAGCAGAGGCUCCUACAUUUAAAAAUAGGUGUGUCUAUUCAGUUUUUAUUGAUAUUUAUAAUCUGGAAAUCACAAACCCUCAUUUCUCCUAUGCUCCUUUCUUGGGGAAGUGUUAAGGGGUGUGAGUUGUGGGAAGAACUUGUCCUCGUACUUCCUGGAUUUGUUUUUCUAGAAUACCAACAAGUAAGAUCUCAAAGGACUUGAGAAAAAUUGUUCCCUGAUCUGUACACUUUUGCUGUUAAAGAUUUUACUUAUCUUUUUAGUACUUUCUAUGUAUUUUAUAUGUAUAAUUUUAUACAAUUAAAAAUAGAUUUUUGUCUAGUGA